AUGGAACUUUUGAUUGAAAUAAUUCUUACAGUUUCUCUCUCCUUGAUCGUCACAUCUUUCUUCGUCAAGCUCGUGUCAAUGCAACCCAACAACACCGACACCGAUAACUUAACAGAGGAACCGCUAAAGAUUGACAAAUUCCAACAUACGCCCUUCAAAGGAGAGGUGAUCAAGCUUGAAGAAUUCCCAAGUGAAGGUAAAUCAUCAGUAGAAUUGUAUAAUGUAUUAGGGGUAGUUAAGGAAGAUUGUAAGUUUCAGGAUAUUGUGGUUGUUGAUAGUAAAGAGAGUGAAACAGAGGAUUAUAAUGAUAAUGCUGAUGAAGAAGAUGAUGAUAAUGAUGAUGAUGAUGAUAAUAAAGAUGAUGAUGGAUGUAAAGAUGCAGGAUUUGUAGCAGAAGAAGAAGAAGGAAAUGGAGGAGAGAGAAAAUUGUGUGAAAUUGAGAUUGAAAGUGAGGAGGAAAUGGAAGAAAUUGGGAUAAUGGAUGAUUGGGAGGAAAUAGGAAGAAAGGAUUUUGAGGAGCUUCUUGGGAGUAAAACAGGGUUGAACAAUGUUGAUGUUAAUUUUGAGAAAUGA